AUGAAAACUUUAACUUUUGUACUUGUCGCAAUUGUCAUUGCUGUUGAUGCAAGAAAGGUGUGCGUUCCUGUGCCGGAUCAAGACCCAUGUGCUGCAAUAGUAGUGGCUGCAAUGCCCACUUGGAAAGAGGUGGCUCAAAUGCUGGCAAGUCUCAAUACUGAUUGCAGUAAUGAACUAAGUGCUUUGUCAUUUGCAAACGGAGAGGAAUUUGAUACAUUUAAUGCUGAAUUCCACACUAGUCAUCAUUGCAUGACUUCUCAAUUUUCAUAUCAGGAAGAUCUUAUUGCUUCUCUUGCAAGUAUCGUUGGAGCAAGUGUUGAAGAUUAUUCUAAGUACAUCACCCACCAGUCUGACAGAGUAGGAGAUGCAAUUUGCCUUGCUGAAGGUGAUACAAGUACAUUCACCGCGUUCACCAAUGUUGCAGAUGGAUGGAACAACAUCAUUCAAUUAAAAAAAACCAGCAUAGAAAGACGAAUUGAACAUCCCCAUGACCUGUAG